CUGUCCACGUAUUCUCUAUUUCAUGUGACAAGUGUACAGCGAUGGCAUCCUCCGACCAGCUGAAGUCUUUGCCAUCUCAGCGUAAGUUGAUCUGGGAGAAUUACAAUGAGCAGAAGACACAACACUGGCCAGCCAGGGGGAGGCAUAUACUGGCGCACUACGAUGACGAAGGCAUCGUUGUUUAUCAGGCGUUCAACAAAGCUAUAGCUGAGUACGCGGUCAAAUUUCAAAGAUUUGGCGGUCCGGCUUACCGGUUUGAGCGCAUGUCUUGGAUCAAGACAAACUUCAUGUGGAUGAUGUAUCGAUGCGGCUGGGCCAGUAAACCCAAUCAGGAACACGUGCUGGCAAUCAGGAUCUCUCGGGCCGCUUUUGAAGAUAUUCUCUCUAAGGCUUUAACAAUGGAGAAGCAGAAAGAGCAGUCUGUCUCCGCAGACAAGUUACAAGUUCGGCUACAGUGGGACCCCGACCACAACCCCCAGGGGGGCCCUGCUGCCUCACGACGGGCCAUACAGCUGGGUCUCAAGGGACAG